AUGCAACAAAUUCCAGCUUAUGCAAAGCACAUGAAGCAAGUCUCCACAAAGAAGAGAUAUCUAAAUGAAAAGCGAGAUUGCAGUGUUAUUGAGAAAAAACCACUUCCUCCAAAAGUGAAAGAUUUAGGAAGUUUUACUAUUUCUUGCGUCAUUGGGAAGGAGAAUAUAAGGAAAGCCCUAUUUGAUUUAGGGUCAAGUAUAAAUUUGAUGCCUUUAUCUCUGCUCAAAAGGAUUGUUGAUCUUGAAGUCAAACCAACAAAGGUGACUUUACUAAUGGCAGAUGGAUCUUCAAAGAAACCCUAUGGUGUGGCGGAAGAUAUAGUGGUUUCCAUGGACAAACUAAAAUUCCUGGUAAAUUUAAUGGUGAUGGAGAUGAAGGAGGAUGAGAAGGUCCCAAUCAUUCUUGGGAGACCGUUUAUGAAAACGACAACGAUAAUUAUCAAUGUGGAUGAUGCGAUGAUAGUGCUUCAAGACCGAGGAGAAAAAGUGAUCUUUAAUGUCUUCGAAGGGGUGCAGCAGAUUCAAGUGAAGGAGGCUAGUCAUAAAGCUGCAUGUAAGGAUGCACCCUUAAAUAGUUCAAAAGCUGCAAAGCCGGUCUUCAAAG